UCCUCCUAUCAUGAGUUGGUACAACACCACCGUAGCACGCUUCAUAGGAUUAUAUGCGACGGUUGUGACGAUGGUGGGUGGUGGAUACCGGACAGCCAAGCGUACAAGGAGCAUUUGACGGACGAUAACGUGUGUACGGUAUACGAGCGUCACUUUGAUAGCCUUAAUAAUCUGCGACAUCAUAAGCUGGUGCACCUGGAGCCUUCCAUCGAAUGCUAUGGUUGCACUCGAUCCUUCACUACUUAUUCUGGGAUGAUCAUUCAUCUAGAGUCUGGGACGUGUACGUCUGGCAUUGAUACUCUUGACUUAAACGAGUCAGCUGCAAUGUGUUAUCAAUGGAAGAAGUUCCUGGACGAGGAAUACCGUGACGACAUCCUCAGCUGUUAUGAUUUCGAGGAAGAGUACUUCAGUGCGGUUUAUCUAUUCAGGUGUCCAGAAUGCGACACUACGUUUUCAAAACUUUCAGGACUCUUCCAGCACGUGAGUAGUGGGUCUUGCGAACAGAAGCUAAACGGCGGGCCGAUAGCCAAACUUGUGAAGUGGUUGUCAAACAGGCAUGCCUAG